AUGGCAAAAUGGCAAAUGGGCAAAAUGGCAAAUGGACAAAUGGGCAAAAUGGCAAAUGGGCAAAAUGGCAAAUGGGCAAAAUGGCAAAUGGGCAAAAUGGCAAAAUGGCAAAUGGGCAAAAUGGCAAAUGGGCAAAAUGGCAAAUGGGCAAAAUGGCAAAUGGGAAAAAUGGCAAAAUGGCAAAUGGGCAAAAUGCAAAUGGGCAAAAUGCAAAUGGGCAAAAUGGCAAAUGGGCAAAAUGGCAAAUGGCAAAUGGGCACAAUGGCAAAUGGGCAAAAUGGCAAAUGGGCACAAUGGCAAAUGGGCACAAUGGCAAAUGGGCACAAUGGCAAAUGGGCACAAUGGCAAAUGGGCACAAUGGCAAAUGGGCACAAUGGCAAAUGGGCACAAUGGCAAAUGGGCACAAUGGCAAAUGGGCACAAUGGCAAAUGGGCACAAUGGCAAAUGGGCACAAUGGCAAAUGGGCACAAUGGCAAAUGGGCACAAUGGCAAAUGGGCACAAUGGCAAAUGGGCACAAUGGCAAAUGGGCACAAUGGCAAAUGGGCACAAUGGCAAAUGGGCACAAUGGCAAAUGGGCACAAUGGCAAAUGGGCACAAUGGCAAAUGGGCACAAUGGCAAAUGGGCACAAUGGCAAAUGGGCAAAAUGGAAAAUGGGCAAAAUGGCGAAUGGGCAAAAUGGCGAAUGGGCAAAAUAGCAAAUGGGCAAAUGGGCAAAAUGGAAAAGUAA